ACAUUGAUCUUUGGCGUUCGUCGGCCGCCAUCUUGCGAAAGACUUGCCUGGUUGGUGCAGUGCAGAAGCAGUAUGAUUGUUCCAGAAGUAUGCCAAACACGCAAGAGUGAAAUAUUUCAGGUAUCAACUUACUAAGAAACUAGGCCUAGAACCUGUUGAAAAUAAGGUGAACUUGGUCCCAAAAUGCCACAGUUAGCCACAUUAGACGAACUGCUCUACCGGCUAAGAAAAUCUGGCCCUCCAGAAUCCAAAGCUCCAUCACCGCUGGCACCGCAAGUCCCAACCAUGGAUACGAGAAUAGGCACAGCUGGUCUGGCACCAGAUGUUGACAGUGGUUCUGCUGGAAAUGUAACCACUUCAGCUCCUGAAGAAAACAUAGGGGAGAAGAUACUUCACGAACUUAUGGAAAAAACGCACUUAUCAGCAUACGUUCUCAUCCUUAUUGCGACUGGAGUGUGCUUCUUGUUUUUGUGUAUCUGCUGCUGUUGUCUCAAAAGGUGGUGCAAACGUCGCCGAAAGGACGGAAAGAAGGGAAUAAAAGGGGCUGUUGACUUGAAAGGUGUACAGUUAUUAGGCAGUUCUUACAAAGAAAAGGUUCAGCCAGACAUGGAAGGUUUGCAGGAUAACAUGGAGAAAAAUGAAGGAGAUGAGGAGAGUGCCAAGUCCGAAAUCAAACUAGGCCGCCUUCAGUACAAGCUGGACUAUGACUUCAAUAAUAGCAACUUGGCAGUGACGGUGCUCCAAGCUGAGGACCUUCCAGGAAUGGACAUGUCAGGCACAUCUGAUCCUUACGUUAAAGUCUACCUACUUCCAGAUAAGAAGAAAAAACACGAAACCAAAGUGCAUAGAAAAACGUUAAACCCAGUAUUCAACGAAACAUUCAAUUUUAAGAUUCCCUUCGCCGAAUAUGCAGCCAAGACUUUGGUUUUCGCCAUCUUUGACUUUGAUCGAUUCUCCAAACAUGAUCAGAUUGGUGAAGUCAAAGUUGCCCUCAGUACGGUGGAUCUGGCGCAGACUAUUGAAGAAUGGCGGGAACUGACAGGUGUGGAAGAACAGGGACAGGACAACAAGCUAGGAGACAUAUGUUUUUCGUUACGUUAUGUUCCAACGGCUGGAAAAUUGACAGUUGUUAUUCUAGAGGCUAAGAAUCUGAAGAAAAUGGACGUUGGAGGAUUAUCAGAUCCCUAUGUGAAGAUUGCUAUCAUGAUGAAUUCCAAAAGAAUCAAGAAGAAAAAGACAAGCAUCAAGAAGUGCACGCUAAAUCCCUAUUUUAACGAAUCCUUCACCUUCGAAAUCCCUUUCGAGCAAAUUCAGAAAGUAAAUUUGGUCGUUACUGUGGUGGACUAUGAUCGAAUCGGAACGUCCGAACCAAUUGGAAAGGCGGUUCUUGGAUGUAACGCCUCAGGAACAGAGCUACGACACUGGAUGGAUAUGCUAGCCUCCCCUCGUCGACCCAUUGCCCAAUGGCAUUGUCUGAAAGAUCCCAUUGAUGGAGCAGACAACUAAAACGCUCAGGU